AUGGCACACCCUGCAGACAAUAACCCCACUGGCCCUCGCGGCUCCUGCAGUCCCAUUAGCACCGACGAAGGCUUCACGGUCACCCCCCUUGCGCAGGCUGGAGGCGCGUCACAGAGCGACAGUGAGCUCGGUAACCACAACCCGACCUUUAUGCAAAACCAGAUCGCCAUUCAAAGACAUCCUUCUACUACAAAGGAUCAGGCUUCGGCGCUCAGCCGACAGCUCUCAAUCAAGUCCAAUGAGAGUCUUGAUUUCGCCAACCAGCCAGCGAUCGCCUGUGUGCUCGCUGAUAAUCGCCAGGGUGAAAGUGAAGGGGAGUCGCAUGGACAGUCACGUGCUGACUCUAUCUCCAACAACAACAUCCAAGCUGUUAAAAAACGCUCCUUGACGAAGUCAUCAUCCGAGCAUUCCAUCAGCUCCAUUAAAUCUGUGCAAAGCGUGCAUGCGGUGGGCAGCUAUCCGUUAGGAACACUUCGCGUUCAUUCGCCUUCCCACAACCGCCACCCAAAGGAUGGCCCAUAUCAUGAAUGCUUGAAGUCUGGUGGCGAUGUAGUCAUUGUCCGCGACGUCCCCGGUGGUUCUCUCAUUGGCUAUGAUACUGUGGCCCUUACUGUCAAUGCCAAGGAACGUUUUGAUGGCAUCAAAGAUAUUCCUGCAGGUGUUCAUUUCGUAUGGGGCGGGUCGAACACAACUUCCCUUCGAAAUGGCUUCUGGUUGGUCACUGCCAGGCGUGGCUCAGAUGAUUUUGGAGAGAUCCACGUCCGGCGAUGGGACAAGGAGGAUGGGAUUCUGGCCGACGAGAUCAGCAAGGCUGAGCGACGCAUUCAAAAGGAAGGCUUGCCGGAGAUCUUUGAUAGGCUGCGGUCCUACCUGCUACCUGGCCCUGCCCCAACUACGACUACCACCACUAGGAAACGCUCAACGACACCAAAUGCCACCAUCCGAGACCCCAACCUCUGGUAUCGCUUGACAUCUUCCAUCACAGGGGCGUUGCUCAACCGCAUCACCGGCUGUAAGGAAUGGAACGAAUGGCAGGUCUCUUCGGCCCACGAUCAUAUGCAUAAGACUCCAUUGAGCAACGGCGCGAGCUAUUCCAUUCACGACUACCAGUAUGAGGUACUUAAUUUCACAUUUCCUCAGUACAAGCAAACAUUCUCCGGGGAAUCGGUUGGCCGAGUUCGCACUGAAGAGGCAUUGGACUCGACCAACCACAUCUUGAGGACCAUUUGUUUUAACUGUAACCAUGACGACCACAACGAGGUCACUGGAGAGGUACAAUUCUGCUACGCGACGGGAAUGUUACUGGGCAAUGUAGCAUGCAUGGAACAAUGGGCUCAUGUGGUAAAGCUGGUUUUCCGCGCCUUCAACCUCGUUCUGCAAGCGCCUGCAUUCUUCAAGAAAUUCAUCGAAGCCAUUCAUGCCCAGUUCAUCUACGACGACGAAUGCCUUGAAGGAAGCAUCCUCGACCACGACCCCAAUCUACCUCAAGAGCUGAAGAAGAUCUUGACCACAUUCAAAUCCCGCCUUAAUGAGAUGUUACUGGAGAGGGGCACCAAUCUUACUAUGGAUCAGACUGCAGUUGGAAGUUCCUUUGAGGAACUUGAAUCGUGGCUUUGGAAGUGGGGUUGGGAUCUUCGGGGGAAUUAUGUUUGGUCCUCAGGUUAUCAAACCGAAGACGGACAAUGGGUUGAGACCGAACUGUCGGAGUACCUGGAUGGCGAGAGAGGUGAGUACGCGCCGGUGGUAGUGGAGUUGGAUGAGGACGGUCGCGAAAAAGAUCUUAUUAAUUUCUGA